CAUCAUCCGUUUUGGUUUACAGUCUCUGAUCUUCAGUUAAACUCUCUGUUGAAGGCGGGAGUUCAGUUUGGACACGUCUGGUCAGGCCAGAUCAAAACACAUUACACCUUCUUGCCAAAGAAACUACUGCCAAGAUUCUUCUCAAUGGAGGUAAUAAUUCAUUGUCCGCUAAAAGAAGACAUGUUGCUGCUGAGGACUUUCGCUCCCUGGUUGUUGUUGGUCUUCCUCGGGCAGCAGGUCUCCCUGUCAUCCGGUGCGCGCAAUAAGAACCGAGGAGCGGACAAGACCGUGACCCCAGCCCCCGGCAGAGCGCAGAGGAGAGGGAACAAGCCUGCAGAGAGCGGCAAGUUCUCCAUCAAGGACAAGAUGCAGUGCACGUGGAGGGCGACUAACUUCGAUGACACGGUCACGCUGUCGGUCAAAUGCGAAAACCGGGAGGCGCGCAGCACCGAUCUGGAGUGUCAAUACAAAGCCAAACCUCAGAGCUGCCCGGGAUACCAGUCCCAACCCAAGGCCUUCUGGAAACAGGUGGCCCGCGCGUUCAAAAGGCUCCAAGGCAAAGUGUGCACGGACGACCGCGCGCUGGUGAGGGCUGGCGUGUGUAAGCGCGCGCCCCGGGAGGCGCACUUUAAGCUGGACAAGUCCAGCUCUUCCGGAGAUCCGCAGACCCCCCAGCCGCUGCCACCUCGCGCCGCCCCCACCGCUGCGGCUCCGGCCGGACCGACGGCCUGCACAGGGCGCGCGGACCACCGGAAAAAGGCUGAAGAGCAUUGCAACAGCUCGUGGGUCAGUGUGUGCUCUUUCUUCUUCUCCAUGCUGCAAAGUGACGACUGUUAGCUUCAGAUCCCAGGAGCGGAUGUGGACGUGAUCAGACUGAAUGCAGGUUUUAUUUUAGGACUCAGCGACGCAGCAGCAGCAGCAGCAUCUGUCAACAAACCUUUAAUUUUGAAUCAGUAACAGUCAGAUAUUCUCUCCACAGUGUGCAUUUUACAGAAGUGAACUGAGUGAUUUUCAGUUACCACAUACACCAACAUGACGUGUUACUCAUGCAGAUGUGGAUGUUAUCAGGUGUUUUUGAAUGUGACUCAGCCAAUCUGAGCUGAAGAUACUAUUUUAUUUCCAUUUAAUGCAGUAAUUUAUCACCAGUGGUGAAAAGUAAGUACUGUCUUAAGUACAAUUUUGAGGCACUUGUACUUUACUUUACUUUAUACUUCACUACAUUUAUCUGGUAGUUGUAGUCACUUUUCAGAUUUAAAUGUUCAUCCAAAACAUGAGAUGAGAUUGUAAAAUAUGAUUUAUUGUUACAGAUUAAACACCCAACAGUUCAUAAGGUAGACAGAAUUAGCUCCACCUUGACCAACAUUACAUACACCAUUAAAGUGCUGCUCACACAUCAAUGCAUUAGUAAAAAAUAAUCCAAUAAUUUAAUAUAGAGUAUAAUAACAUAACACUCCAUACUGCAAAGUGAGUACUUUUACUUUUGAUACUUGAAGUAUAAUUUGCUGAUAAAUAUUCUGUACUUUCACUAUUUUUGUUUUAAUUUUUCAACUUUUUAAUUAGCAAGCAUGACAAGACAUCAUAAGAUUAUAAUACACACAGUGUGAUAUUAUUUUAUUCAAGCAAAGAACCUAAAUACUUCUUACACCACUUGUUUAUCUCACAGAACUGAAGAUUGAUUAUUAUAGAAGAGCGGUAUUUUCUUCUACCUCUGGUCAACUCAACCUCAAUCAACCAUGUAAACACCACUGUACUGUAUUUAUGCACCACAAAUAAAUAUUUUCUAUUAUA